AUGAGCAACGCCCCCAGCCACUGGAAUGCCACCCGCCUGCCCGUUCGUAUACGUCGCUCCCCUAUUGCAUGCAUAACAUGCCGCGCCCGCAAGAUCCGCUGCGAUGUGUCCGUCAAUGGAUCGCCCUGUACCAACUGCCAACUGGAUGGGAGACAGUGUAUCGUCGUCAACUCGAGGCGAGUCCGAAAGACAAGGCAUCAGCCACGUCCUCCAGAGUCUGCGCCAGUCCGAGAUGCUCUACAACCAACCAGCCUUUCUCUUGACGCUCCUGGUUCAUUCAUCGAGUAUCCAGCCGGCGUCCAGGAAUACCUGGGUCGGAGUAUCUACCCUCGGGCUUUGUCGGCGGAGAUGGGCUGGCUCCCUUCGUAUGAAGUCGAAUAUCUCUCCAGCCAGGGCGCCUUGACCCUUCCAAGAAAGGCCAUCAUUCAGACCCUACUCCAUUACUUUUUUAUCCGCAUCUAUCCUCGUUUCCCGGUCGUCAAGGAGAGCGAGUUCCGUGAAAGCACCCUCAGUCAGAAGCCCUUCUCGUUGUUAGUCUUCCGCGCAAUGCUCUUUGCUGCAGCCGCCCACGUCCCAAUCGAGUGUACCCAAGACAACGGAUACACCUCUGUCGCGCACCUAAUGUUUUCACUGUACAAACCGGCCAAGGCGUUGUACGAUUCUGGCGUGGAGAAAGACCCUUUUCACCUCGCGCAGGCUGCGCUCCUGCUGGCCUACCGUCUCAAUAAUGCAGAGCCCAUGGGCAACACGACAUGGCUGGCGGUCGCGGUGCACAAUGCCCGGCGAGCCAAUGCACAUCGCAGUCAAAUGUUGGUACAUGAUGUUGUCAGAAGGCACCGUUUAUCCGAUCUCAAACGUCUAUGGUGGUGUUGCAUCAUGCAAGAUCGAAUUGUUUCUCUCGCAUGCCAUCGGCCACUCAAUAUCACCCUUGACCAAUUCGAUCCCGCAAAAGCCGACUAUUUGACCUUCGAGGACUUUUGGGACGAUGACUCCGAGUACUUUGAUACUGCCAUGAGGGGUGUUCUUUACCAAUUGUGCAUCAGCCACUGCCGUUUCGUGACUUUGUUGUCGCCUCGGGUCAUGUUGACAGACGAGACGCCUGACCUAUUGGGCGCCAACGUCUGUGUUGAAAGUGCAUUGAAUCACGUCUUGGAAGCAUAUUAUAUGCUCUCCACUCUGGCGGAGGAGCAUGAGGCUCUGCGAGAGAACAAGGAGGCCGCUGAGAACCUGACCGUGGCGGUCCAUAUCCAUCUCACCUCAAUGUUGUACAUAGCAGCUCGGUUGUCUUUAUGCCAUCGCUAUGCUGUGCUGUACCUUUCUCGCUGUCGAUGCGUUCGCAGAGCCCCUGAAGCGAUGGUCCAUGCUAGAUACCUGCAGCGCAUCGUCGAACUCGUUGCAGCCACCAACGAGGAAAUGACCUGGUUUGCCACAAACCACCUCGUCUACUUCCUGCCCAGCGUGACCCGGUGCUUCAUCCUCUUCCCACAACUCUUCAAUGUCCUUUGGUUCCACGGACACGAACUCGAUCGAGACUUCGCCCAGCCCGCGGACAUUCUUCGCCACUACAUUGAAUAUGACAAAAGCUAUAGUACACGCUUUGGAGUCCCCCAAGCAUGGCCUGUCGUCGAGCGCGUGCCGGCGAUCGCAGUCUCAGUCCUCGCCGCCUCCGCUGGUGCAUCGGGCGGAGAGCAUCGAAACGGCUUCGCCAACGCCAGCCACCUCGACACGGUCAAGUUGGCCGCUCUAAUUCCAGCCGAGAGGCUGCGUCUAGCAAAGACCUGCCUUCUCCUCUCUGUGGCUCUGGACUAUUCAUUCGCUGUUGGAGAAUUCCAACUGAUGAAACCCGGCGCGUUGGUCGCAAUCUCCCGGCGUCUGGGUACGCGGCGUGAACCCCGAGAUUGCUCGGCGUCAGCUGUGCCAUCUUUGUCGCCGCCGUCAUUCGAAGAUUUGAUUCGGGCUCGUUACGGCUCGGAGACCCCGCAAAGCACCGAAGGCGCCGAGAUAACACCCAGUCCGUCGGAGGAACAGCAGUGCGCGCAUCGGGGUUUCAUGCCUCGACUAUCACUGCCCGACGCUCCAACUCCCUCUAGGAGUGUAGCAUCUGCUAAAGAGGACAGUGAUCUUAGUUCGUUGGAACGGUUCGCUGCCGCUACCGAAGCGACGCAGCCCUCGAUGCAGGAAUGGGCGCCUGGACAACACCACAAAACCUUCGACUCCAGAAAAGAGCAGGCAAAACACCAUAUUCUCCCCGAGAACGCAAGCAAUACCAGCCUGAUCUACCGGAACAACCUGCCCACCAAACCCCCCGCAAGAUUCGACACAAUCGCGCCCCCAAACGCACUAUUCGCAUACGUCGACGCCUGGCUAAAGCGAUCGCAGCGCGAGAACGCCGUCGUAUUCGUAAUCACUAAGCCAGAAGAAGCGCUUGUCCGUGGCGGUGACAGUCCGGCUCCCGGGCUCCGCGCUCUCAAAGACCCAGUGCGAGUCGCCGGAGGUGGCGUUGACUUCGUUCCACCAGCGCAGGCCGACGAGGCGGCGGCCGGCGAUGUUCUUGAGGUAGUAGAAGUCUGCGGAGAGGAGGAGGAGGGUGAGGAUGAAGACGAGGAUGCUGGGCGUUCUUGUUAG